UGCUCCGGCGAAACUAGAACAAAAGCCGGAAGAAAGAUAUACUCAGUUCGUUAAUUGAAAGGAGAUUACUGGAGUUGCUAUGAAAAUCCGGUCGGUGAAGCUCCGAGAAGCCCACAAGGCAGCCAGCAAUGGCAAGGCUUCGUUUUGCUCCGUCCUGUGGGAUCAACAAGCGUACCAUAUUGUCACUGCUUCGUCUUCCGAAUCCGCCAUAUCCAUCCAUGAUUCUCUUCUUCCUUCUAAUAACCCGAAGAUCAUUCAUCAUCAUCGCGAAGGGGUCACGGCUCUGGCUCUUAGCCCCAAUUCCACCUGCCUCGCUUCUGGAUCCAUGGAUCGAUCCGUCAAGCUUUACAAGUUUCCCGGUGGAGAAUUUGAGACCAAUAUCACAAGAUUUACGCUGCCAAUACGUACCCUUGCGUUUAAUAAGUCCGGAAGCCUCUUGGCAGCAGCUGGCGAUGACGAUGGUAUUAAGCUAAUUAACACGAUUGAUGGUUCAAUUGCUAGGGUUCUGAAAGGACAUAAAGCAGCCGUUACUGGGUUGGCGUUUGACCCCAAUAGUGAGUACAUGGCAUCGGUGGAUUCAUUUGGGACUGUAAUUUUCUGGGAACUCCAAUCUGGAAGUAUAAUACAUAACCUUAAAGGCAUAGCUCCUAGCACAGGUUCGGACCCUUCCGUUCUGAAUGUUUUAUGCUGGAGCCCUGACGGCGAGAUGUUAGCAGUCCCAGGAUUAAGAAAUGAUGUUGUGAUGUAUGAUAGAGAUACUGCUGAAAAGCUAUUUUCAUUGAGGGGAGAUCACACCCAGCCUAUUUGUUUCCUGUCAUGGUCACCUAACGGAAAAUACAUGGCUACUUCUUCCUUGGACAGGCAAAUUCUGAUAUGGGAUGUUGAUCAAAAGCUGGAUAUUGAUAGACAGAAAUUUGACGAGAGAAUAUGUUGCAUGGCAUGGAAGCCAAUUGGCAAUGCAUUGGCUGUUAUUGAUGUCAUGGGUAAGUAUGGGGUGUGGGAAUCAGUUGUUCCAUCUUCUAUGAAAUCUCCAACUGAAGAUAUCCCAAAAUUGCAAUCAAGGAAUAGCAACGGCUUGCUCUUGUUUGAUGAAGAGGAUGAGGAGCCUAGUGAACAUGGCAAUUUGAGUGAUCUUGGAGAAGAUAGCCAUUAUGAAUCUGAAUUUCCAACUCGAAAAAGGUUGCGUAAGCAUUCAACAAAUGAAGAAAUCCUGGAUGAGGCUGAUAGCGAAGAUUUUAGCCUUCUCCCGAAGUCGGAAUCCUAUAAAAUGUCACGUCGUGUUAAAAAAGAUAAGACAGAUAAUAUUGAUGAGGGAGAUAUAAACAUUGCAACAUAUAGUAAAUUGAAACUACGGGAGGCAUUUCAACCAGGAGCUACUCCCUUGCAGCCAGGAAAGAAACGCUUUUUGUGUUACAAUAUGCUUGGAAGUAUAACAACUUUUGAACAUGAUGGGUACUCCCACAUAGAGAUAGAUUUCCAUGACACUGGCAGUGGCCCGCGAGUUCCUUCAAUGAAUGAUCAUUUUGGUUUUACAAUGGCUGCACUGAAUGAAAAUGGUAGCGUCUUUGCAAACCCUUGUAAGGGUGAGAAGAAUAUGAGCACUCUAAUGUAUCGCCCAUUUGGUAGCUGGGCAAAUAACAGCGAGUGGUCGAUGAGAUUUGAUGGAGAAGAAGUUAAGGUCGUGGCAGUUGGUACCAGAUGGGUGGCUGCAUUUACAAGUCUUAAUUAUCUUCGCAUCUUCACAGAUGGUGGUUUACAGAAACAUAUUCUUUCUCUGGAUGGGCCAGUGGUGACUGCAUCUGGCUUCAAGGAUGAACUUGCAUUUGUGACUCAUUCUUCUACCUGUCUUCCCUCAAACGACCAGAUGCUAGAGUUCAGAAUAUUAAACAUCUCUAAUGGAACACAGCUCUUAAGAGGACAUUUGCCAUUAACUCCAGGAUCACAUCUCGCAUGGUUUGGAUUUAGUGAAGAAGGAAAAUUGAGUUCCUACGAUUCCAAGGGUGUACUCAGAGUGUUUACAAGUCAAUAUGGUGGCAGUUGGGUACCAUUAUUCAGUGCCCGUAAAGAGAGGAAGUCGGAUGAAAAUUAUUGGGUGGUUGGGUUGAACACAAGCAAGUUGUUCUGUGUGAUAUGCAAAAAUUCUGAGUCAUACCCACAGGUGACACCUAAACCAAUUCUUACUCUACUAAAUCUUUCAUUUCCUCUUGCACUCUCUGACCUGGGUGCAGAAGCACUUGAGAAUGAGUUUAUGAUGAAUAAUAUGCACCUCACACAGAUCCAUGGGAGAAUGGAGGAAAUGGCAUUACUUGGGUUGUACGACACAGAACUAGAUGAUGAGGCAUUCUGUAUUGAAGCUGCUCAAGACAGAUGCAUCUUAAGGCUCAUUGCUUCCUGCUGCAACGGUGAUAAGCUUGUCAGAGCUUCCGAACUAGUAAAACUUUUGUCGCUGGAGAAAUCAGUGAAGGGUGCAAUUAAGCUGGUUACUGCUUUGAAGCUUCCUAACUUGGCGGAACGUUUCAAUGCCAUAUUAGAGGAAAGGUUGCUUAAUGAAGCCAAAGGGACCAUGGAAACCACCACCCUUUCAAGAUCUAAGUGCAGUGGAUCUGUGUUACCUAACGCUGCAACCAGCAGUAGUACACUAAAUUGUGCAGUAAAAGGCAGAAGUUCAGAAGUGAGUCGUCCAUCCUCACCUAAAGGCCCAAUACUCUCUGCACCUCUGUUUACAAAGAAACUGAAGUCCGACGGAGCAAAAUUCAAUGAUGGAAGAACAGAGGAUAAACAAAGUUCAGGGGUGGUGAAGAAGGGAACAGAAAACAGUGGUGGUGACACGGCAGAUGUGAAGAAAGCAGUGUCAUUGAGUAAGAUAGAGUCCACUACCCUUGAAACUAACCAACAUUUGAAUUCAUGUAACAGUGAGAAGGUGAAGGCAGGAGAUGUAAAUCAACAAGCUCAAUGUACUCGCCCCUCGAAUCCGUUCUUGAAGUCAUCAAUCAAGUAAAAGCAGUUUUUUUUUAUACUUGCAUUUGUUGUUGUUGUUGUUUAGAACGUGUAAAUUAUGAGGUAGGAAUGAGAAUGUACAGUUCUAUUAUAGGUAGGUAGCUGAAGUGGCUAAACCUUUCGUCAAUUGUGAUGUUAUGAGGUCUGUAAGCAUAUCUCCAUCUUCAUCCUCUCCAUAUAAAUGAGGGAGGCUUCAAAUUUUCACAUUACUCCA